UCCUCUUUGGAUAGGUUUCUUAUGGUGUGGAAGCUGAAGACACAAUGCAGAGCUUACAAAUUUAUAGGCCAUGCGGAAGCGGUGACCAGCGUACAGUUCUCACCAGAUGGGCAGCUACUUGCUUCAGCUUCUCAAGAUCGUACUGUCAGGCUAUGGAUUCCUUGCAUUCAUGGAGAAUCAUCAGUACUGAAAGGUCAUACGGCAUCCAUUCGUAGCGUGAGCUUCUCACAUGAUGGCCACUUUCUAGUUUCAGCAUCCAACGAUAAAUCAAUAAAAAUAUGGGGUGUUUGCCGUCAGCGCCUUUUGUUUUCCCUAUUCCAACAUACUCAUUGGGUUCGCUGUGCCAAAUUUUCACCUGAUGGAAGACUAGUAGCAUCUUGCAGUGAGGAUAAAUCUGUUAAGAUCUGGGAUACAAGAAAUAAAACUUGUAUUGAUAGCAUCUUAGAUUAUGGAGGAUUUGCAAAUUUUGUGGAUUUCAACCCAAGUGGUACAUGUAUAGCUUCUGCAGGCUCCAAUCAUACAGUGAAACUGUGGGAUAUUCGAAUGAACAAGCUACUGCAGCAUUACAAAGUUCACAGAGCAGGGGUUAAUUGUGUAUCAUUCCAUCCUUCUGGUAACUAUCUCAUCACUGCUUCUACUGAUGGCACCCUUAAGAUUUUGGACCUCUUAGAAGGAAGACUUAUUUACACCCUUCAUGGACACAAGGGACCUGUACUUUCUGUGGCUUUUUCAAAAGGUGGUGAAAAAUUUGCCUCAGGUGGAGCCGACGCUCAGGUAUUACUAUGGAAAACCAACUUUGAUUCAUUUGAUUAUAAAGAAGUUCUUAAACACCAUAUUAGAAGAACACAUAUUGAUGAUCCUCCUCAUCUUCUUGAUAUUUACCCGAGGUCACCUCAUCUCCAUGAUGAAAAACUUCAGUCAGUUGAGGUCAACCCUACCUUUGAUGUGACUAAUACACAAACACUUGACCCACCUGUCAUAGAGAUUAGCUCCUCUUCAUCUUUCAGUACUCCAGAUGAUGUCAGCAGUGGAGAUCUGCAGUAUCCCCCUUCUUCAGUCCUGGCAACAAGUUCAAAAAGGAAGUCAGAGAAUGAGAGUGAAUCAGCUGUGCAUAAUGUGGACAAGCAAACAGGCAUCUCCCCCUCCCUGGGUAAUGCUUUGGAGCACAUUGUGGAGCAGCUGGAUGUUUUAACUCUAACUAUUUCAAUCCUGGAACAACGUCUGACUUUGACUGAAGAUAAAUUGAACGAAUGCUUAGAAAAUCAGCAAAAAAUGUUACACCAGGGAAGACAGGAAGAAUAAAAGAUGCAAACGAACUGUAUUGAUGAAUAUGUUUCAUAUAUUCACAAGGAAAUAAUGAAUGUUACUUCCAUUGGAUUUUGCUAU